UGCUUCCAAGAUUUUGCUUGUAGCUGUAUAAUAUAAAAAAAAAAAAAAAAAGAAAAAAAAAGAAAGAAAGAAAGAUAGUAAGGAGAAACACAUGAAAAGUUGGAUCCAUUUCAUUUGUGCUGCGUAUCCCAAAUUUGAGAGACAUCCGAUGGAAGUCCCGCGGACACCUCGCAAAUGUUAUGGUUUUCCGAGAUAUUCACGGGACGACUCAGGGACAGGUAUUUAAGAAUAUUAAUAUUUUAAAAGCUCGAACAUGCAAACUUUGCAACGAUGUACCUCCGAGACCAGUCUUACACCCAAACUAAAAUUUUUACUGGAGGCUCGUCCCAUUAUAAGGUUUCAUUAAGGCCGCAUACCAUAGAAAUCUUCGGGCUUCCCAAUAAGAGGCUAAAUAAGUCCCUCUUUUGGAGGGGCUCUUUCCUGAUUUGCGAGGUCACUGUGAAAUACUGUAGUAUUAUUUCUUCUAAAAGUGCCAACCAGUGCACGUUAAUUUGAUUUUUACCUAAUUGAGUUUCAUGAAAGUUUAAGACAGUGACUAUUUAUGAUUAGAACAUUAUGUAAUUGUUCAAAUAUACUACUAAGUGUUUUGAAAGUUUGGAGUAUGGUGCUGCAUUUCCACGAAUGAGGAUGGUUUAAGCGAACUUGGAAGAAUCUGGGGUAAGUAUGAAUUUAUUUAAUGUUAAGUGAGUUUAAAAGUUGGAGUAUGUAGGUUGUAACUAUUUCUUAUUUUUCAUUUUCAGAUAAAUACAUGAAGAAACAAAUGAAUGAUGAUUGUUAAUAAGCUAAGCUCCCUCAUUUAAACAUUUCCUUGUUCUUAGAGGGUCCGAAUUAGUUACUCCCUUAUCGUUAUUCAGUUGGUACAGUUUGAACUGGACCUAGAAAACACACUACUCGGACUUUGGUGCAUGUAUCAAAUCAAACAUACAAGAAAAUAGAAAGAGGUGUUAUCAGAUUAAUUGGCAGUUGUUUGCUUUUCAUUGUCACGAGCAGUGGACCAAUUUGCGCCUCUCCUAAAGGCAGCAACAUUGCUCGCGAUCAAACUGUAGCAAGUCCUCAAUCUCUAGUGGACAACUGCACUCAGGUUGCUUCCAAACAGAAAGUAACCAAUUGCCAAUUCAGCUGACGUUAUCUCUAAAUCAAACUAAAGUUUCAUAUUCACUGGAAAGGCACCGGCCCUGGAUGCCAUUGCAAAAUUAAAAACAAUUUCACGUGCUUGCAUCUGCCAACACCUCCAAAAUGUUGAAUUUUCCAGCAAGCAAAGUAAAAAGUUAGAAUUCUUUGAUCUAAAAUAAGCCUGUAACUUCAAUUUGGAGGGAAAAUGUUCGGUAUGUGUGUAGUUAAAAAUCACUUUACCUUGUCUGCUGUGCUUUUCAUGAGGACUGCUGCUUUUCAUAUCAGAUCCAAAAUUCCAUACUGAGUAACUUGAUGAAAGGCCACUUCACAAGAAAAUGUUCCAAAACAACUCAUAAUCAUAAGAUAAUGCCUAUAUGAUUCAUAGCCCAACAAAACACUAAGGUAGGUACUCGCAGCCGUGUCUCCAGGAGCUGAGGCCCAACUGAGAAAUGAAAUUGAAGGCAACAUAACCAUGGAAAGUUGUACUAACACGAACACGAAUUGUGCAGAGAAUAUUCCUGACCGAAGGAUUAUGAUUAUUCCGGAGCAUAAGAGUUCCAUGCUGAUGAGGGCAAAGAUUUCCAUUGGAGAUAGGGGCAUCUGAGUUGUUGCACCAAACUGACCGUACUUACUGCUGCGUGGAAACGAACGGUUUAAUAGCACCACAACGUUGAGUACCUAAUGUUCGCAAUAACCGUAAUCUGUUAUAACACUACAAAGCUGUAAACAAGCUCCACUUUUUCACUGAAUCAAAAGAUUUGCUGACCUCCCGUGUUCUCGCUAACCACCGUCACGAUGCGGAUUCGACUAACUGAACUGAAUGAACGAAACAUAACCUCACUCUCAGAAAGUUUGUUUAUGUUAUGAAUUUGUAGCUAGGGGUCUGCUACAUAGUAAGCUAGUAUUCUCCUGCCCGCAAUAUGGCCGUCCUUCUGCUCCUUCGGCCAAUCACGUUCCUCGCAUCCGCCAACAUCGCUACGAUGAUGUCACUGAGAGAGUAGGCCACAGCUUCUCGAAAGUUUAGAGCGAACAAGACAUUCUUCCACAUGGUCCUCUUAAUGUUAACAUUUUUCAUCUGCCUCCGAGAAUAACAACACCAUGAAGCAAUUUGUAUUAGUGAAAUUUACAGGGCAAGAAGGGGGGGGCGAUAUUGUUCCCCUCCAUUGGAUGGACAAGACUGAAAAAAAAGUUUGGUGGCCGCCGAAAUCUUAUUCUAAUCAAAAAGUUACAGACCUUAUAAAGAAAGGACAGCCGAAAGAAAGAAAUUGGAUUUCCUAUUCAGUACAUCUUCUGUCCAACCAAAGAUACAAUUCCUUUACUAAAGCAGAAAAAGCAUUUCUGGCAAAACAGGCCGAGUUUUUAAAAGCAGCCACAGACACAGAAGAUGACUCCUUAAUUUUAAGAAGGCAUUCGGAGGCAAAGAGGCAAGAGCCUCAAACCUUGUCAUCACCUUUUGUUGGCAAUUCAAAACUCGGUAAUCAAGAAGAGGAGGAUAAAAAUAAUGAUGAUAAAGAUCAGGAUGAUACAGUUAAUAGUAAUCAUGACAAUGAGGAUCAGGAUGAUAUAGUUGAUAGCAAUGAUGACAAUGCUGAGGAUGAAGAAUCGGAUGUUGAGGAAAUUCCACAGGAUAAUGAAUCCGAAGAAAAUCCAAAUGAUGGUGAUCCCAAAGAAAAUCCAAAUGAUGGUGAUCCCAAAGAAAAUGACCACCAGGCAAAAGAUUCAGAGAUUAUCGAUCGACUUGAGCGUAUCGAGAAUAUGAUGCAUAAACACCUAGUGGGCGAUUUUUUUUACGACUAUGAAAUUAUCGAUAAUAUGCUGCCCUUAGACAAUGAUACAAAGCUGACAGAAUUUGAAAAAAAAUGCAUUUCAAACCCAGAAUUCAAAGAAAAAGCUAUCAAAUGGGUGUGCUGCAUGGGGGGGAAAGAUGAGGGGAAAAUAGUGACAAGAUCGCUAAAGCAAAUUCUGACCCCUGAAGUAGCGUCAUUGUUUUCUUAUGAGGGCCGAAAAACCAAGAGGUCUUUUCAAGUUCUUCAGCUUGACAGCAUUUUAAAAACUGCUGCGAAACGCCGGUUGCGGGCUCAGUACGAUGAAGAUGAACUUGAAAGUGCGAUAGUUAACUUCUUGAAGCAUGCGCCAGACCUCAAGCUUGCAGAUCCAGAUGAAAAGGCAGAGGAACCAAAAAAAAAGAAACGGAGGAUCCAGAAAAAAAUGCCAUUCUAUUUCACUGAUGGCUACUCACAGUCCAUCAUUUCAGUGGCUCAGACUUCAAAAGACACAAACAAACCAGCAACUACUGUACAAACAACAAGUACUGCUCAAACAAAUAAGCCCGUAACUGAAAAUACAUCAGCUCAACCAAAUGAGCCAACUAAAGAAAAAACAUCUUAGGUUUUUUCGUUGUUUUUUUUUUUUUUUUAAGUAUUGUUUCUUAUUUUUAUUAUUUUAAUGUUUUCCACAAAUGUGUUCUUUGCAAAGCCAGCUGAACCAGACAUACCUUAACUUACUUUUCUUUUUUCAUGCAUUAGUAUUAUUUCUAUCAGUGUUGCCACUCAGUUUUUUUUCCACUUCCUCUAAAACUCAGGUUUCAAAACGUAAGUGUACCUUUACCUAACUUAUUACUGCAGAACUUGUAUUUCAGUUAAAUUUAACCAACUCAGCUAAGAAAAGCUGCUUUUGGUGAAAGAAUGUCCCUAUUCCCUCCUUUUUACUCAAUCGACAUGCAUUUUCCAGUGCAUUAUUAUUGCUUUAUUGGUUCGCCAAAUGUGUUCUAUGCAAAGCCCAUAUCAAUUUAUUAUUAAACAUAUUUCCAUCGACUUAAUUCAAGUUAAUUUGAUUAUAAGACAUCAAAAAUUAGCUGAAGCAGACAUAGCUUACCUUACUUGUCUUUUUUCGUACAUUAGUAUUAUUUCUUUACUAUUCCUAUUAUUAUUUCUCUAUUGUUACUUGAGAUUCAAUUUAUUCUGUUCUUUAUUAACUCAGCUAAGAAAAGCUACUUUGGGCAAAAGAAUGUCCCUAUGCCCGCAUUUUUACUCAAUCGACAUGCAUUUUCCAGUGCAUUAUUAUUGCUUUAUUGGUUUGCCAAAUGUGCUCUAUGCACAUUACCAUUACCAUUUAUUACUCAACAUUACCAUUACCAUUGCCAUUACCAUUUAUUAUUCAACAUAUUUCCAUCGACUUAAUUCAAGUUAAUUUGAUUAUAAGACAUCAAAAAUUAGCUGAACCUGACAUAGCUUACCUUACUUGUCUUUUUUCGUACAUUAGUAUUAUUUCUUUAUUAUUCCUUUUAUUAUUUCUCUAUUGUUCCUUGAGAUUAAAUUUAUUCUGUUCUUUA